CACACAAGAAACAAUGAGCAAUCUCAAAGAGUUAUCAGUGAAAUGUCCAUUCCAUCUACAUCUGAAGUAGUUUGUUUGCCUCAUCCAGUCUCGCCUGACAUUACCAUUGAACAUGAGGAAACUUUGCCUCCCACCUCCAUAGCACAAGAGACAAUUAUCAUUGAAUCAGAAGGCACAGAGAACCAAUCAGAAUCUGAUCAAGCGGCCAUCGCCAUAAUGAGCCCUUCUCAGAGUUACACAGAAGAGGCUGAGCCUUUAGCGGGCAACGAGGAGUUCACAGCAAUAGCUUCCACUGAAGAAGCAGAGGAAGGCUUACAACAAGAAGAGGUACUUUGUGAAGAGAAAGACUCAGGCGUCUGUGAAGUCCAGCAGAUCUACCUAACCACAGACGGCUCUACUGUGGUGGUGUCAGAGUUUGAAAACGAGGGAGAGGAGGAGACUCAACUGCAGUUUCUAGAUCAAUCAGAGAUGGUGGAAACGUCUGGUGUGAGGCAAGUCAGUUUAGAGCAGUGGAUUUCAGAAUUAACAGGAAAGGGCAUCUCUCUACCAGUUUUGCCUCCAACUCCUGUUGAGAUUGUGAGGGAAGAGACCAUCUACGUUCCUGUCAUAGAAAGACCACCGUCUGUGAAGUCUAUCAUUCACAGAAAGAGCAGUCCGCCUCGAGCCGCAGUUUCCCAAAAAGGCAGCGGCCACUCCUUCUGA